CGCAUCACGUGACCACCAAAAUGGCGCCGCGCAUGUCUCCGACUCAUUCCGUACAACAUGGCGGCCGCCACCCCACUUCCGCCUCCUCCCGCAGCGUGCGUGCUGACGUCACUUCCGUCCGCCUCCAAGAUGGCGUCGCGCAGGAUCCUCCGGCUCGCCGAGCGCCAGGCGCGAUCGCUCCGCCCCUUGCCCCGCCCCCCUCCGCGGAUUGGCCAAUGGCGUGAGAGCUUUGGGCUCUCCCCCAGCCCCUCCGGGCCCGGCCCCCUCCGGGACCUCCCGGAUUGGAGCUUCGCAGACGGGCGCCCCUCCCCCCCCUGGCGGGGGCAGCUCCGGCGGCUCCGGGAGCAGCGAGAGCUGGUGUGCCGGGCCCUGGCUCUCAGCCGCUCCCUGGAGGCCGCCAAGGACCCCCCGAAGGCUCCCAGUACAAACCAGUGAGGAGAGGAGAUCCGGCCCCGCCCCCUCCGGAGGCUCCGCCCAGCGCUGGCCCCGCCCCUUUUGCCUUAUAAGGAAUCGUCAAUAAAGCUCAGAGUGGUUUA